GUCAAAAUCAGAAAUCCCCUCUUCAUCAUGCCAUCGGUAACAAUUAUUUGCGGCCUUCUGGCGGUUAUCAUAGCCACUGUCUACGGAGCUUUCAAUUAUGGCCAUCGCAGGAAGCAUAUGCCCGGUGGGCCCAAAACCUUGCCAUUUAUAGGCAACCUCCAUCAGAUUCCAAAGAGCUACACUCACACGAAAUUCACUCAAUGGGCACUCCAAUUUGGCGGCAUCUACACCCUCAAGCUUGGGAAUGAAACGAUGGCGGUAAUCACGGACCGCAACGUCGGCAAAGGCACACUUGACAAGAAGGCCAACAUCUACAGCCACCGGCCUACAUCCUAUGUAUCGCACGACCUGAUUACGAAGGGCAAUCACCUUCUGGUAAUGUUCUACGGUGACAAGUGGCGGACUUUCCGGCGCCUGAUUCACCAACACCUGACCGAGAACAUGGUCGAGCGCCAGCACUUAUCAAUCGUUAAUGCUGAGGCCAUUCAGCUGGUGCGCGAUUACAUGCUUUCCCCUGAGGACCAUAUGCUCCACCCAAAACGUUUCAGCAACAGUAUCAGCAACUCGAUAGUCUUUGGUGUCCGUACUAGCCAUGUCCGUUCCGAGUACAUGACGCGUCUCUACGCCUUGAUGGAAUCAUGGUCCGUGAUCAUGGAGACAGGCAACACGCCUCCUGUGGAUAUCUUCCCCUGGCUCAAGUUAGUACCGCAAAGGCUGUUCAACAAUUACAAGUCGCGUGCUCUCGCCGUCGGGAAACAGAUGGAUGGCUUGUACGAGGACAUUCUCAAUAGGGUCCUUGUGCGCCGUCAGACGCGAAGGACCGGCUCAUUCAUGGAUGUGGUGCUGGACCAGAAGGAAAAGACCAAUCUCCCACGCGACCAGCUGCGCUUUAUUGGGGGCGUUCUGAUGGAAGGAGGCUCUGACACGUCUUCGUCCCUCAUUUUGACGAUUAUCCUGGCGCUCAUUCUAAAUCCAGAGGCGCAGGAAAAGGCCCAUCGGGAAAUCUCGGCAGUCGUUGGCGAAGACCGUUCACCCGUUUGGUCUGAUAUGGCAAACCUUCCUUAUAUCAACAUGAUCGUCAAAGAAGGUCAUCGAUGGCGACCGAUUCUGCCACUUUGCUUCCCCCACAGCCUGGGUCAAGACGACUGGGUUGACGGAAUGUUUCUGCCUAAAGGCACCACGAUAAUCCUCAAUGUCUGGGGGAUGCACAUGGAUCCGCAAGUAUGGGAGGAGCCCGAGAGGUUCAACCCAGACCGGUACCGGAACCAUCCAUUGCUGGCUCCAGAGUACGUUGCCGGCGGCGACUGGGCAAAACGUGACCACUUCGGAUACGGAGCUGGGCGUCGCAUCUGCCCAGGGAUGUACCUCGCCGAGCGCAACAUGCUACUAUCCGUGGCCAAAUUGAUCUGGGCAUUCAAGUUCGAGGCCAAGACCGGAGCGGAUGGCAUGCCAAUGAAAGUUGAUGCAGACCCUGUCACAGGCUAUCACAACGGGUUUCUGUACUGCCCGAAGGAGUAUCCGUGCAAGCCCGUGCUUCGGUCUGGAAAGAUCAGGGAGACAGUUUUGAGAGAGUAUGAGAUGGCAGAGAGGGAUGUGUUUAGUUCUUUCGAGAGUAGCUGAUAACGUGGAUGUAAUAACA